UAGCGCACUUAUUCGUCUCGUCUGUGACGUACCGGCAGGCUUUGUGUUCUUUCAAUAUAUCUCGUUGAAUAUAUUUCCAUAUAGACUAUAAUCCGGAUGAAGGGAUUUUUUAAACGACAGUCUUGACGUUGAAACUGGUCGGACCCGAUUCCUGUCGGAACGUGAAUAUUAAACAUGGAUUCGGAUUUGUUUAUGGAGUGUGAGGAGGAGGAGCUGGAGCCAUGGCAACAGCAGUCUAUGGAUGAACCAGCCGGAAAUGCUGAAAGCAGUACUCCCACCGUGACUUCCACUCCAGCCCCGGUGGUUGAUGUUCCGGCUCCGCCUAAGACCAUGGUGAUCCCAAGCCUAACUUCUGUAGUAAAUACAGCAAACACAGUUCCGCUGAUCACAAACACAAUUACUCAACGUGCUGUCGUGCCGACUGAGAUCCCUAAAGCAGUGCAAGGGCAGCCGGUCAUCUUGGCACCAGGAGGAGGAGGACUGGGCACUGUGGCUCUGUCACAGGUUCUCCUGCCUGGAACAUCUAUUGCCAAUGUUACCAACAGUCAGCCGAUCUACUUUACCACACAGGGUCUUCCUGUCCAGAAUAUCCAGCCUGGCCAGGGUCCAAUGAGCUUAGUGCUGAAUGUUCAACAAGGCCAAACUGUUCGACCCAUUACUCUACUCCAGGCACCUGGCACACAAAUUUUUAAACCAGCCCUCGGAGCAACCCAAAUAAUUACCCAGCCUGCUCAAAUAAGGGCUGGAGCUCCAGUUGCAAACAGAGCCCAAACGCCUAGUACUUUCAGCACAGUGCAGAUCCCUGCUACUCUCACUUUUCGUACCACAAACGCAGUCACCCCAACAGCUGCCAGUUCUCUACCCAUCGUUUCUACUACAACCAUUACUCAGCCUACCAGAACCACUACUAAAAUUGUGACAAUAAAGCAAGGAAAUGGACCCUUAGACAUGCAAAACCUAAUGAAUCUUGUGAAGUCUGUGAACCUUCCUGGUGGGGCUCAGGCGCAGACAUUUGUAGUCAUGAGCAAUCAAAAUACCAAAAACGGUCCUGUUGUUUCCUCUGCUGUUCCUAUCAUCUCACAAAAUGUCAUCCAAACGAUCCCACUUCCAAAUGCAACAUCAUCAACAACCACUCAUUUGUGUCCUCGUUGUGGAGCUCAGUUCAGAAUGAUUGAGGCUCUACGGGGUCAUAUGUGUUUUUGCUGCCCAGAUCUGGUCCACAUGACUGAAACAAGCAGUACCCCAACAGCUGUGAAACCCCCAGCAACACCACCUAAGAGUGCCUCUGUUGUGCCUAGUGCCAAGCUGGAUAGCCCACCUAGCAAAACAGGAGAUAGUCAUCCCAGACUCGUUAUGCUGGUUGAUGAUUUUUACUACGGCACAUUUGAGGGAAAUCGAGUCUAUGUACCAAUGGACAACUCAAAAGAACCGUUAUCAUUCAGAUGCCUGACCUGUAGCAAGAAACUGAAGAAUAAUAUUAGACUUAUGAACCAUAUGAGGUACCAUGUUGAACUGGAUCAGCAAAAUGGGGAGAUGGACAACCACACAUCCUGUCAGCAUUGUUACCGUCGCUUUCCCACACCGUUUCGUCUGCAGUGCCACCUGGAGAGUGUCCAUACGUCCAUUGAGUCAUCUACCAAGUGUAAGAUAUGUGAGUGGUCCUUUGAGAGUGAGCCAGUGUUCCUGCAGCACAUGAAGAACUCCCACAAACCCGGAGAGAUGCCUUAUGUGUGCCAGGUGUGUGAAUACCGUUCCUCCUUCUACUCUGAUGUGUUUAACCACUUUCGGACCUGGCAUGAGGAUACCCGCCACCUUCUCUGCCAGUAUUGCCUGAAGGUUUUCAAGCAUUCCACCAGUUACCAGCAACACUACGUUCGUCAUCAGAAAUCAACGGUUUACCACUGUAACAAAUGCCGUCUUCAGUUCCUAUUCACAAAGGACAAAGUUGAGCAUAAAAUAAAUCACCACAGGACUUUCCGAAAGCCCCGUGAAUUGGACGGACUGCAGCCUGGAACAAAAGUGACCAUUAGGGCAUAUGUUGGGAAAAAACCACCAGGUCAGGCAUCUUCAAAAGCAUCCACUAAUAUUCAGAAGAAUAGUAAUAGCAGUUCACAAUCGACAACUCUGAGUGGCGAACAGCAAUCAGAACAACAGCAACAACCUGGGAAGAAACAGGUCAGCAAGAUGUUUCAGUUCCUGUCCAAGUUCCAAGAGCAGAGGGCUCAACUGGGCAGACAUAAGUGUGUGGAGUGCACUUUUGACAUUCCAGACUUUGCGAAUCACUACCCUACUUAUGUUCACUGUUCACUCUGCUUCUAUAGCACAUGCUGUUCUCGUGCUUAUGCAAAUCACAUGAUCAACAAUCAUGUUCCUGGAAGGGCUCCAAAACCUUCUAAAAAAAGCCCUCCAAGCGUUGUGAAGCUGAGUUGUGCAGGUUGUGAAUACUCCACUGCUCAUGGAAAUUUGAUGGCCAAACAUCUCAUCAAGUUCCCUGCUCACUCCUACUGUUUAUUCAUGCGCAAAGAGUGUUUGGAGACAGAUAUUGAGUUCUGCCAUGUUGAGGAGGAGGUGGAGGGUCCACAAGGGGAUGAAGCUAGUGAUGUUGGGACACAGCCUGACUGGUUGUCCAUGAAACAGUGGAAUGUGCCCAAAGAGGAAGGAACAGUGCCAGAAUUCAUGGAAAGUUGUGGCCCACGGCAUAUAAUGACCAGGAAUCAUGAUGUCCUCGACUACUUCCAGGUUCUGUUUCCUGACGCCCUCUUUGAGCUGAUUGUUUGUGAGACCAACGCCUAUGCCACUUAUUGCUGCUCUUCAGGGCAGGGGGACACAUCCUGGCAUCCUGUGUCUGUACAGGAAAUCAAAGGCUUUUUUGGUCUGUCUAUCCUUAUGGGGCUUCAAAACCUGGUGGAGCCAGACUCGUACUGGACGUGGGAACAACACCAAGGCCGCUAUGGCUCUAGAACAUGGGAGCUGGUUUACAGGACCAUGUCGGUCAAUCGCUUUAAGCAGAUCAGCACUUACAUCCGAAUGAGCAGCAUGCUUGUGGAGAAUGACAGCCAGAGUGCUGACAAGUUGUCAUUUUUUCAGCCGAUGCUCAGCAUCCUGGAGAAAAGUAUGCAAGAGGCCUACAGGCCUAACAAGUGCUUGACAAUUGAUCAAGCUUUCCUACCAAGCCACGAUAAGGGAACAGCUCAGGAGAAGAGUAAAAAUUCUCAGCCAAAGAUAUGGCUACUGUGUGACUCAAAGUCAGGCUUUUGCCAUAAACUGCUGGUCUCAACACGACAGGAGAAGCACAAAGACUUAGGAAGAUCAGUUGUGCCACAUCUCACAGAGGGCCUUGUGGGUAAACAUCACAAUAUCUUCUUGUCCAGCUCACUUGCCUCUGUGCAACUCAUGAAGGAGCUCUAUGAUAGUGGUAUAUACUGCUCCAGCUCUGUCCUGCCUCAAAGUGCAGUUUUGCCCAAGGAGUUUUGGGACGAACCUCCACUGGAAAAUCCAGGCAAUUUUAGACAGUAUGAGUUCGCCCCACUUCUUGCCACUAGAUGGAAAGAUACCAAAGAGUUGGUAUGCCUCUCCACAAAUGCUAACGCAGGCCAGGCAGAUGUGGUGUGGAGGAGGUCUCCUACUAAAAUGGGUGAGCUUUGUACCAUUGAAAGACCACAGGCCUUCAAGCUGCUCCAAGACAACAUGCGGGGAGUCGAUAUCUGUAAUCAGCUGCUGACAUGCAAUCAACUUGGUGGGUUAGAUCUUGACACCAACUGGCGGCGUCUCUUCUGGUUCUUUGUAAACUUGAGCGUCAUCAACUCUUUUAUUGUCUUACGAGAGACCCGCAAAGACAACCCACCAGUGUGGCUCCCAGGGGGUCACUUUUCCCAAGCCAUUUUCCGUAAACGUCUGGGCUACCAGCUUGCCAAGUGUGCCGAAAGACACACUCUCCAGAACCAAAUCCACAAUAGCAUACUUGAGCAACAGACUGUAAAAAAAGAAAGUCAAGAGGUGCAAGAAGAGGUGCAAGAAGAGGUCAGACAUCGAUUAGGCAAAAUAACUCAAAGGACGAGGAGAUGUAAAGUUUGCAACUUGAAAAACAUACGCCAUGAGAGCAUGUAUGGCUGCACCGCCUGCCAUGUGAAUCUGUGCAAACGUUCUCGCUGCUUCUGGGAGUUCCAUGGUUUCCCAACUAACUAUCAAGGUAGUGCUAAAGUUGGAUUCGUUGACUCUAAGAGAUUUUGGAAAGUGACACAUUAUUUCCCUUCCAGGGACGGCACAGAGCCUGGACUUAAAUAUAAAACAGAAAUGUUGGAAAGAGGCCAGGCCAAAUCCUCAGUGGACAUCAGUAAUGUUUCACAGGGUGCCACUGCUGGCCAGGACGAAGACGUGGACCAAGAAAUGGCUCCUCUGGAAGACGAAGACACAGAAACAGACACUGAUACAGUUGAAAGCAGUGAGGAAGUCCCACAUCGAACAGUGGCUGGUGAGAAGGAAAAGGGACCACUAAACAAGCCAACACAGCCUGUGAAAAACAGAGAGGAGUCUCUGACUAUUCACCAGCGGCGAAUACUUCUCCUUGCACUAUGUGCUGGGAUCCAAAAAGCAGCUAAAGAGAUGGACACCAAACCCCAGCUCAUCAAGACCUGGAUUCAAGACAAAGAGGAACAGUUAAAUGAAUGCUGCAGCAGUAUCUGCGGAGAGGCUGUUGAUCGUCUAGUGGAGUGGGUUUUGACACAACGGGAACAGCAGCGUCCUAUCAAUGAGGCGAGAUUGUUUGAAAAAGCUUCAGAGCUUCAAAGCCAAACCAAUGAAACCAGUUCAUUCCGUAUUUCAUACGAGUGGGCUGUGAACUUCAUGAUGCAGCACCAACUGGGCUUGGAUACCUGUUUCACAGUACAAAGAGAACUCCCUAGUACCAUGGAAGAGAACUGUCGUUGCUUCACAGAAUUGGUGCACGGUGAAAUUAAGACCAACAACGUCCCACAGUGUGUCAUUGGGGUUAUGGACCAGCUUUCUGUGUUUGUGGACAUCAAUUUGUUGAAUGAGAAAAACAAAGUAAAAAGAGACACCGCUAUUCAGUUUACCGGGUCUGGGAAGCCUUUCGUAAAGAUUUACCUUGCAAUGCUUGCAAAUGGUACGAUGCUACCUGCAGCACUCUUCACGAGUCACACUACAAGCACACUGAGUAGCACACCAGACACAGUCCUGAUUAUGGCCAAAGAGGAAGGUUACAAGGCAACGGAAGAGCUAGAAGUUUGGGCCACCAAAGUGUGGAAACAGCAUCUCGACUCGCAGAAUGAGAACGAAGCACUGCUGGUUUUGGAUAGUCAUCAUUGCCAGACAUCUGAGUCCAUCAUUUCAACAGUCAGUAGCACCAAAACUUUCCUUCCAACCAUUCCGGCUGGUUGUACAUGCCGACAUCAACCUUUAGAGAUGUGCGUACGCCCUGUGCUCCAAAGGUUAUUUUUAACUCGUUGGGCACAAGAGCCUACAGAUUUAGUUCAGCCUAAAGACCUGAUGCAGCUUCUCGUCUCUUGGUUAGACAAGGCCAUGUCUUGCUUCUCUAGUAGGCCUGAAUUUAUUCAACAUUCAUUUUGCUUGGCUCAUCUGCUUCCGGAUCAGGAGACACAUACAGAUUUGCCUGGUACUUCAGUGGAGUUGUUAAAUAUACUCUCAGAGGCCACACUGGGACCAGAAGUAGUAGAUCUCGAUUCAGCAGAUGAAGAAGAGCCAAUGGACACCCAUUCUGUAGACAACGUAACUGAGAAAAUAGAUCUUACAGAGGAGCAAGAGGAUACGGAAAAUGAAAUGAACGAUGACAAAACAAAAAACACAGAACAACAAAAGGAAACAAAUGAAGAAUGUUUGGAUAUAGCAAGCGAGUCCACAGAUUUCUCACAUUCGUCGCCUGAGCAUGAGACCCCUUCACAUAAUUCUGAACCAGAUCAUUUGUCGGAAUCUGGUCUGGAUGCUAACACUGACCAAACGGAUUCAGCAAACAGGUGAUAUUUGAUCUACUAACAGACGCUGGUAGCUUUAACAGGACAGGCCUUGCUGAAUGUGACUGUGGUUAUUUACAGCCUAAUGUUUGGUGGCGUGAAGAUGGAAAAAAAACGUUUUUUAAUCUUAAAUACUGUAUAGAUUUAUAGGAUAGACAUUGCAUGAUUGGGAUUUGCUAAGUUUUUCUACCUACUUUUAUUUGGGUUGUUUAUUCAAUAGCAUACAUUAAUACAAAAGCUCCCAGUGGUCGACUUUUUUUGUCUGUUGACAGACAAUAUUUACUUCUAUUCCACAUUCUCUGGAAGUACAUCACAGGUUUUUGCCUGCUUAUUUCAGUUAUUUUGAAGGUGUAAUGGGAGAAGUUUCAGUUUGAUAAGCCAGCUGCGACCUCUAUUGAGUAGUUUGACUCAAGCAAGUGGGUAUUGGGUGGUUUGGUGAAAGCAUUGUUUGUUUAUUUUUUGUUGUUGUUGUUGUCCUGCUCCUCUUUUACGGUUCAUGUGUGUCCAACACAGGUUGAGUAUCAAAAAUCACGGAUUAAAUCUGUUAACAUUUGAAAUGAAGAACGAUACAAAUGCUGUUUUGAAUAAUUCUAUUUAAAAUUAUUUAUUCAAUGAUUGAUCGUAAAUUAUAGGCUAUUAUUCCAUAGCUUUACAGAGUCUGUUUGACAUCCACCCUUAUUACAUUUUAUGACAAUGCUAAAGUUCAGCUUGUAAUAUUGGUUGACAGAUUGGCUUACAGCACUUCCAUUUUGGUUAUUUAUGUAGAUACCAUAUACGUUUACCAUUGAGAGAGACUGUAGAGCAUUGAUAUCGAAUGGAGUGUGAUCACCGAGUAUACAUUCAGUACUGAUUUCAGCAUCUGAGUUUACUGUAGCGACCACAUGAUGGUGUCACUACACUCCAGGUGUCAUCCAUUGACAUUCAAUUCAAAAAGGUUCUGAAGUAUUCUGAAUUGGUGCAUUUCCAUGUUUGUAAAGGUGCGUACUUUGAUUUCGUCUCUGUUUGCUGCAGCAAUUUUGUGUAUAAUUUCUAUGUUGUGGGACUUCUUGUACAGUCUGAUUGCGAAGGUAAGUGGAUGUUUAUAGAAAUGAGGGUCUUUUGAAUGUGCUAUUUUGAUUAAACUGCAAAGAGGACUAAUGAAUAAUUGAUAAUUGAAGAAAAGGUGUUGCAUAUGUGACCCCAUUUUUUUUUGACAAUUUCUUGUGAAUAAAAUUUAAUAAACCAGGUGUGCGUAAA